UAUAUAGUGUAUUUAAAUUCAAAGAAUUUCUAUUAUGAGCUACAAGAGGAAAAAAAAUAUAAACACAACAUAUAACAAGUUCCCUUUCAUCUGUGUGAUACAUUUCUUCUUACAACAGUGUUCUAAGUGCCUUUGUACAAGCAUGAUAUUCAAUAUUCUAUUUGUUUUCAUAUUAAUUAAUGUAACAAAAUGUCAGGCAUAUCAACAAAAGGAUUAUACUUUAAAUACUGCACUUGAUCAGACAACUAAAUUUUUUCAAAAAUUAAAAUUAAACAAUGCAUUAAAAGGUUUGAAUAAUAAUACAUUGUGUGAAAUAAAUGAGAAAAUUGCAGAACAUGUUGCAAAUACAUCGAAAGUUGUUGUUAAUCGUCUUAAAAAAAGAGAAAUACCAGAAGCAUUCAACAAAGGUAUUAAUACAUUAAAAGGGUUUCAAGAUUACGAUCAACUGAAUUUCAGCGACGUGCGAGAUAUCAAAUUUUUUUCUCUUCAAAGUAAUCAAUUGAUUUGGUUUAUAGCAGUUUUGGAUGUUUCUACAAUAUCUGUAUAUCAAAUAAAUAAUCAGUCUCCCUAUCGUGUUGCUAACUAUUCUUUAACUACUGGCAAAAGAAUAAUUGUGAGCAGUUGCAUAUAUGGAGCUCUUUUGAUAGUUCAAAACCAAGAUGACUCGAUAUUUAUUUUGCCUUUCUCUGAAACUAAUGGAAACUAUUACUUAUAUUCCAUUCAGGACUUGGAAUCCAGUAACAUAAGCGACUUAAUACUCUGGCAUGGAAUGAACCAGUUAUAUUUAGGCAUUGCUUCUCAUUUGAACAUUUCAAUCUAUACUUGGUGUAGCGAUUACUUCGACUUAGUACAGACUAUUCCUCAUGGUACUAAGAAGUUAAUCCCCUUCUAUAAGAAAGGAUUUAUGUAUCUUGCUGUUACUGGAUCUACCACCUUGAUUUUUAAAUAUUUCUUCAGAUAUAACAAAUUUAUAAUAACACAAAGACUACCAUUGAGUCGAGACGUUUCAUCUUUCCAAAUAGGAAAGGGUCAUUUUAUGGAACACUUUCUAAGUCUUUCUACAGAGUCCUCCAUGACUGUGUACAAAGAAAUUCAUGAUCGCUUUAUACCCUUUCAACAAAUUCCAUUUGGAAAGUCUACACUGCCUAUAGUUUCGAAUAAUGCAAUUUUGCUUUUACUUUUACAUGAAGAUAAAAUAUUGUCCUAUCAGUAUGAUGGCUGGAAAUUUGUAGAUUUAAAUAUAAAGCUUUUCGAUAUUGACCACUUUCAACAUGUUCUAUUAUAUGAAAAAGAAUUGUUACUAGUAAAAUAUAAAAAUGGCACGUGGGCUAUGAAAGAGCUAAUAUGGGUUGAACAAAAAUCCUAUAAGGAUUGGCAGGAAGAAAUUAGAACAUGGAUUGUUAAUAUGAAAAAAACAGCUGAGAGAACAUUGGUACAGAAACCACUUUUGAAAGAUCCUGUUAGACUUUUGAAUGGCAGCAUCAAUCAACUUUUUGUUCAUAAUAUAAAUGGACGUAAUUCUCAGCCAUUAGAAGAAGCGACAAAGCAAUACAAAAGACUGAUUUCAAAACUAAGAAACCAAAGGAUUAGUUUAAAUAGUAAAUUGUAUUUACAUUCCGACCAUUUAACACUUACUUCCUUGCAUGCGAAAAAAAGUCAAAUUAAAUGUAAAACAAUGUGUAAAGUCAAUCGUUUAAAUGUGCAAGAAAAUUCUCAUCUUUUUUCCAAAUUGAAGAAAAUAAACAAUGUAAAUCAAGCAAAGAGUUUCAGAGCCUUGAGCAUGAAAGAAAUCAAGAAUUGGAAAUGUCCACACUUUAGCCUUCCAAUAGAGAAGAUUAUCAUUAAUAAGUCAAUUAAUGGAAUAUUGUUAGAUGAUUUACAAAAAAAUAUCUUAAAAGUAGUCGACAGUCAGCAUAUUUCAGGAGAACAUAUUUUCUCAAGUAUAAAUGUGUCUAAUGCUUUGCUACCACUGAAUAUUGCUUCAAGCUUAACAAAAGUGCAACUGCAGAUGCAAGAAAUACAAGUUGUAGAAUUUAACUUAACUGGAAAUGGACUUUUAUUGCCACUACAUGGUUCACUGACAGUAAUGACUGGAUCCAUUAAAGCAGCAAAAGUAAUAGUAAAUAACAAUGUUCAUUUGCAAGGACCAAUAGAAGGAACAUGGAAAAAACGCUCAAUACCUGUGAUGACAAUUUCUGAACCCAUAAACAUACAUGAUGUUUUGCCCUUAGAAAGUGCUAAAAUUGAGAAUUUGAGAUCGCAAGACUUAAUUGACAAUAGAACAGGAUCAGUUAAAGAGAUUUUAUCGAAACUAAUACCUUUAAAUAAAAAUGUAUCUGUAUCUUUAACACUUUUCAGUGAAAAAAUGAAAUGGAGCAAUGUCACGUUACAUGAAUCCCAAAAUUGGAUUACUGCUAACUCUCAGAAUACAGUUAUAUCAGGAAGAAAACGUUUCCUUCGUAAUGUGGAAAUAACGAAAUCUUCUUAUAAGAAUUUAAAAUUCUUAGAGAUUAAAGCACCAUUAUGUGGUAAUACUAUAACAGCACCUGAAAUUAAAACUUCUACUCUAACUAUUGAUAAUAUUACUGUAAGAGACCUAAACAGUUUUCGUACUUUCAUGUAUUUCGGAAAUUUGGGUGAAAGAUAUUUCGAUAAAAAUUUAAUGUCUCUCUUCAAAUUUCUUAAUCUAACUAGUGAAACAUUUUAUUAUAAUACCAUUGUAAAGAAUAUAACUGCAACUUAUGUAAAUAAUCUAAACUUAACAGAGUUGAAAGAAUUUGCAAAUUCAUGGAAUAAUCCUAACAUUCUUAGAGGGUCACACGAGACAACAGCCUUGAUGGUUGAUACUCUUCAAUUACCUACUCGGUUUCAAAUAGAUUUACCUGAAAUAGUAGGAGACAUAGUUUCAGAACAAAAUACACAUCUGGGGAGCGUAAAUAACAUUAGCAUUGAUAAUUUUGUAGCUAAUAUUGUCAAGCUUGAAGAUAAGAUAUUUUUCGAGAAUAUAACAUUCAGUGAAUUGAGUAAUGGAUUUACAGCAAACCACAUCUACAUCUCUCACUUACCAUUUCAUUAUUCAAACUUAGAAGAAAACGUUAACUUAUAUAAAAAACAGAUUUCUGGAAAUAUAGAAGCAAAUGCAAUAAAUUUGCCAUACUCUUUUACAUUUACAGAAAGCAAAUUUCCACUUAACAUUGUUGUUAAAGUUUCUACAACAUUCUUAAGUGAACCAACGGUACAAAGUAUAAAUAAUAUUAAAUUAAAAGAAUUAUUUGAACAAAUAUGGUUAACUACAAAUACCACAGUUUUUCAAGGGAAAAAUUUGCAUAUGUUAAAUGCUUCAAUGAAGGGAAAUGAUAAUUUAAAUAGUGUUUUAAACACAUUAAAUUCUGACACAUGGGAUGAUAUUUCGAAACGUAUUUUAAGUAAAACAAGAAUCCAAGAGAUACAAGUUUUUCCAUCUUUGAAUAAUAUUCAAACAUCUGGUAUAAUUGGUUCAAACUUUUCUAAUGUAAAAUCUUCAGUGCCAGACUUUAAUAAUAUAUUUGAUAAUGCUGUGAUACGAAGUAAAAACCAAAAAAUUACUGCGAAAUGGACAUUCGACAAAUUGAAGAUCAUAGGUAAAUUACACGUAAAGAGGAAAAUUAAUAAUAUGAAUCUUGAAACGGAUGUUAUGAGAUUCAAUUCUGGAGAAAUUAUUAUUGCACAAAAAACAACAGUGAUAGUUCUAACUACAGAAAAUUUGAAUGGUUUCAAUUUUUAUGAAUGGGCUAAAAAUGCUUUGAAACAGAAAGAAAGUUUCGUAAUCAUUAAAGGACGGAAAAGUUUUAAUACCAUCACUAUCAACAGUAUAAAUGUGUCUGGUACUGUAAAAGGACAAAAUCUAACAGAAGCUUUAUCAAACUCUACAGAUCAAAUAAUCAGUAGUCAGAAAAUAAUUCAUGGAUCAAUCAAUGCGUCAAUAUUUAUAAUUGAUGGUUUGGUGAAUGAUGUUAACUUAGUUGACUUAAUAAAUAACCAAUUAAAAAAGCAGAACCCUCAGCAGAGAAUAAAAACAGGAAUUGAGUUCCAAAACUCUUUAAGAGUUCUUGGGAAUUUUUCAGUUAAUGGUUCCUAUGGAAAUACAGAGUUAAAACAAUUUUAUAAGAAUUAUUCAAAUAUAGCACCUUCUACCGAGAAAACGAAGAAUUAUUACAAAGCAGCUGAAACAAUUAACAUGGCAUUACAAAAUCGAGCGGUUUACUUAAACAAAAUCGAAAUGGUGAAGGAAGUGAAUAUUGCUAACAUUGUUAACGAAAAUAUUUCAUACCAGGGAGAACAGUGUGAAUUCAGAAAUUCUUCUCAAUUUUGCGCGGAUAAAAACAUAAUGAAUGUAAUUCUCAAAUUGAAUCCGAGCGAUUUUGUAUUAAUAAAAUCAAUUACAUUAGAAGAAGAAAAGUUUAUAGUCUGGAUAACAUUAAAUUCUGUCACUAUAUUCUUAUAUAAUAAUGUGGAAGAAAGUUUUUAUCAUUUAAAAGGCUUGUACAUUCCGAAUAUAAUUAACGCAUUCGCGGAGUCGACGUCGCAUUCGCUGUGGAUUGCUCUACGACUGACUUCACAAACACUUCUUGUGCAUUACCAAUACGAGAAAAAUCUACGAGAAUAUGUUCUACCAGCCACAGAUGUGUUUGCAAUGAGCAGGUCUCCAAAUAAUCAGCUUUUGCUACUGUUAUCAAAUGGUAUCUGGAAUCUAGAAGGUCUUGCUAGUCCUCAGCAAAUAAUCAACAUCUCUCUUAAAGAACCAGUAGAAACUUUUAACGAUGGAUUUCAUUAUUAUCUAAAAUGCGGGUCAUUAAAUGAUACAACUCUGAUGAAAAUGCGACACGUGGGGAACUAGGUAUAAUAUUGUAUUAUAUAAUGAAUUUGAUUUAUUACAAAAUUAUAUUCCUUGUUAAAAUAAUGUAAACAAUUAUCGUCGUUGAACUACAUAAAGCAUAAUAAAUUAAUAUU